CAGCCAUAUAUAGCCCAACUACCAGCCGACCUACGUCCCUGGCCGACUCGUCAACUACUCUCGGAUUACCAUCUGGACAUUCCUAACAGCCAUGACCACCAACGCCCAAGACUCGAUCGUCCUCCUCGGCGACUCGAUCACCCAGGACGGCUGGUCCCCGUACGGCUUCGCGCAGCGGCUCGCCAAUGCCUACGUCCGCAAGCUGGACGUGAUCAACCGCGGCAUGUCGGGCUACAACACGGACUGGAUCAUCCCCAUCUUCGAGCAGUCCUUCGCGAAACAGCACGACCAGCAACACCUCCCCAAGGUGCGCCUCCUCACCAUCUGGCUCGGCGCGAACGACGCCGCCCUCCCGCCCUCGGGGCAGCACGUCCCGCUCGACCGCUACGCCUCCAACCUCGCCCAGCUCGUGCAGCUCGUCGCCUCCCCGUCGUCCCCGUACCACGCCCCGCACACGAAGCUCCUCCUCAUCACGCCCCCGCCGCUCAACUCGCACCAGUGGCGCGUCACCCUCCGCCAGGACGACCCGCCCAAGGAGCUCGACCGCACGUUCGAGGUCACCGCGGAGUACGCCGAGCGCGUGCGCCGCGUGGGCACGGAGGUCGGCGUCCCCGUCGUGGACGUGUGGACGUGCGUGUGGGACGCCGCGGGCCAUGUCGAGGAGCGGCUGAGCGAGUACCUGUAUGACGGGCUGCACCUCAACGAGAACGGGUAUGCCCUCGCGUACGAGGAGAUCAUCAAGGCGAUCAACGACAACUACCCGGAGCUGCACUACGAGAAGCUCCAGCCCGUGUUCAAGCUCUGGGACCAUAUCAACCCCCAGAAUCCAGGAGCAGAUCUCCAGAAGCGAAACAUCUUCCCAGCAUAGCAGCAUACUCCUCUCAUUGAGCUUAGGCAUGAACGCAGAGGGACCCAGCCUCUGUCCUCGAGUAGGAUGGAUCUCAGUCGGAUGUAGCGAU